AUGGAAUCAACAACAGGAAUUGUUAUAAUGACUGCUAUACAAAUUAAAUUAGAAAAUAUAGGUCUCACUUUUGAAAACCUUCGUGGGCAAGGUUAUGACGGAGGUUCCAAUAUGUUGGGCGUUAAUAAUGGUGUAAAAUCAUUAAUUUUAAAAAAACAACCAUUAGUUUUUUACACACAUUGUUUAAGUCAAUGUCUUAACUUAUGUUUGUCUAAAGCUUGUAAUGUACCUGCAAUAAAAAAUAUGAUGGGAACUAUUCAGUCUGUUUCUGGUUUGUUUUCUAACUCUGCAAAAAAAACAGAAAAACUUAAGUCUGUUAUAGAAAGUAGUGAAAUAUAA